ACACGACACUACAGUUAUUAUUAAUAAGAAGAGCCAUGUUCACAAUCCUAUAUUUGUUAAAUUUACAACGAAAAACGUUUCCAUUUCUAGGCGAAUAGGAAAUAGGCAGGAGAUUCAAGAUAAAGAGAAACAUGGAAAUUUUAAAUGUCAUUGCAUUUGUUCUAAAUUCUCAAAAAAAAAUAUUCUUUCAAGUUAUAUAGUCAAUUAAUAUUAAACUGUUCGAGGCCUUCGCUUGAAUCAUAUGAACGUUUAAUUUUUUUACUAUUUUACUCUAUACUGCACACUUUGAUUCGAACAAAUGGCGGAAACAACUCCCACUUUUGAAGACCUUGUUAAGCAAGCUAAAGACCUAUUUAAGACAUCUUUUGAUGAAGAAGCAACACACGGAGGCUCUGCACCGGGACGAGUAAAUUUAAUUGGUGAACAUACAGAUUAUAAUGACGGAUUCGUGCUACCAAUGGCUCUUCCACUCCGGACUGUUAUAGUUGGUAAACCAUCUAAAAACUGUCAAUGUACUAUUGUAACUUCCGCCGUGAGUAUUGAUGGUCCUUUGCGAACGACUUUUCAUUUGCCUUCCGACGAAUUUAUUUUGGAACCUGGCUCACCUAAAUGGGCUAACUAUGUAAAAGGUGUUGUAGCUCAUUUUGAUGGUCAGCUGUUACCAUUUAACGCUGCUAUUGUAAGUUCGGUACCACUUGGAGGUGGUCUAUCAAGCUCUGCUUCUCUUGAAGUUGCAACAUAUUGCUUCUUAAAAUCUUUAAUUGGAGAAACAAAUUUAGACAGACCAAAAGUAGCGGAAAUAUGCCAAAAGGCUGAACACACUUUUCCUAAUAUGCCAUGCGGAGUAAUGGAUCAAACAAUAUCUGUUUUAGGCGAGGAAGGGUACGCUCUAUUACUAGAUUGCAGAUCCUUAGAAACCUUCAAAGUUCCUUUAAUUGAUCCAAACACAGCCGUUUUGAUUAUUAACUCCAAUGUUCGUCAUAUAUUAACUGGUAGUGAAUACCCCGAAAGACGCCAGCAAUGCUACAGUGCUGCUGAUAAACUUGAUGUUAAAAGUUUAAGAGAUGCUACUAUAAUGGAACUAGAGUCAAAAAAAGAAAAGAUGUCUGAAUUGGAAUACAAUAGGGCUCAUCAUGUCAUCACUGAAAAUGAUAGAUGUUUAAAAGCGAAAAUGUGCCUCGAAAAAGGAGAUUUAAUCUCUUUUGGAAAGUUGAUGUACCAAAGUCACGAAUCAUUACGCGAUAAAUUCCAAGUUUCGUGUUCGGAAAUUGACCAACUGGUCGACAUUGUCUCCACGAUAAAAGGUGUUUAUGGAACAAGAAUGACCGGUGGCGGCUUUGGAGGUUGUACUGUUACGUUAUGCGAGUCGAAAGUUGUCAGUGAUAUUAUCAAAAAAGUUAAGAGUGAAUUUGAUGCAAACGAGAGAAAGGCUACAUUCUACGUCGUUAGCCCAAGUUAUGGUGCAGAAGUGCUGAAUUUUUAA